AUGUUCUCCCAGUUGUGGGUGGUUAUGGUGACUCUAUCAGUCUCUUUACUGGUGGGCAGCAUCAGUUCUGCACCACGAGAAGACAUGCUGUUACAGAUACUCCGAUCUGAAGUAGAACCCAAAGAAUACGAGCUCCAGGAUCUUUCUCGAUUGCUGUUGCUGAAGCAUCUUUCCGAGUCAGUGGCUCCAGAGGAGAAAGAUGUCCUUACAGCCAUUGAUGAUCUUGAUGUUCGUAAUGAAGUGGUCCGUGAGCUUCCCCUCUCUCAGCGUGAACGAAAAGCGGGCUGCCGGAAUUUUUACUGGAAAACCUUCACCUCUUGUUAGUUCCUUUGCCUCUUUGACUUCACCUAAGGAACUUGAAGGGUCUACUUUAAAUCUCUAGACUAUAACCUUUGCAACACCCUAAUUGCAUAGGUAUUUAUAUUCAUGUUUUCGAGAAGUUUUUCUGUUACA